UUAUUUUUCUCCCUCAACUCUGCUUACUUUGCUAUAUCUCCUGGGCUGUUAGAUUCCAUAGACACAACAGGACAAAGCAUAAAUCAAGAAAGACUGGAGGAAUGGUUUAGAAAAUGUUGUGAAGGAAACUGAGCAGAAUGCAUACCUGUUGCUCUGUUUUGCCAGACACUCACUGAGAUUUAAAACACCUGUUCUGGGCAGAUAGUAUAGGCUAUGGGUUGUGUUUGCACCUUUAUUGUGCCACGAAGAUAAGUGCGAACACAAAGCAGCCAUAGAGAGGAGUCCCUUUCAAGGAGCCAGCAGGACAAUUCCUCCAUUCUUCUGUAUCCUUACCUUGGGAUAUGACUAGUCUCUUAUUCUUAAUGUAAUUAUAAGUCAUUCUUCAUGUGGUGCCGGGAACGAAUGCGAGCAAUUUUCUAGCAGGACUGAAGACAGCUUAGGGAAUUGUCAUUGUGUGAUUUAACAAAGUAAUGUAGAUCUGCUAGGUAAGAGGUAAUAGUCGAACAUCUUCACAUUGUGCCCAGACAACAUCUGCUACAGUAUAAGCCUGAUGACAAAAACGUUGAAAUGAUAAGCAUGCAAGGAAUCCAUGAUAAGGAGAGGAUAACCCUGGUAUUUGUGAUGAGUUAUGUGAUUAUUGCUACUGGAUGAUUUUCAAGUUACUUUAUAUGUUGACCAUCUUUUAACAAUAAUACCUUUGUCACUAAGGGACGAUAUCAUUUGUUUAUACAGUACAAGUUCAUGCCAUAGAAGCUUUAGACUGCCAUCUGCUGGCAUAUUCCCUAACAAAACAAAGGGGAUAAUACUUAUGAGGGAGACGGCACUCCUACAUGUUGAUCAGUUAAUUAACUCUCCCUGUUUAACUAAUUAACCUUACUAGACUCCUAUAGCUGCAUUAUGACUGUACAGGUUUUCUCCUCUCUAUUAUCAAGCAGCUGGACUUGCAGGCUAAUAUUGACAGAUGAGGCGAAUUUAACGUACACGGACAAACUGUUUUUAACAGCUUCUCUUUAAAGGACUUAGUAAGUACAAACAUUUGUUUGACACUGUGGAUAGUUUGUUUACAAGCUUUUCUGAGGCUUGGCAAACGAUUGGCUAUGCACAAAAGCUGUCAAGUAGCCAAAGUGUGUUAUUCCAUUAGAAACUACUCUCUCUUAUAAACAGCACACUCUGUCUUAUAAACAGCAGCCAAAUAGCAGGGCAAGGGCUUUCUAUCUCCUUUUGGUUACUAUGGUCCUUGUUUGUUCUAUAGAAAACCCACUGCCCCCCCUACUACCACUCUCCCACCUUUCAAAACACCCCUGCUCAUAUCUUUCCUCCCACUCCCCCUCGCCCACCUAUCCAGACUCAGACAGUAUCUCAAGCCCCACCCGCCUCAGUCUCAGCCUUUCUGAUGGGGAGGAUCAGCUGGACCGCCUCCAGCAGGUGGAGCUUGCCCGGGGCAUACACAUGUCGCUGUGGAGGGCAAGCAGGUGGAGCUUGUCCGUCUCAUGGCGAUGCCCAUGUACAUUCGCGGCUGCUCGGAGAAUGUGAAGAGUGGCAAGGUGCUGCUGGGCCUGUCAGAUGAGGACCUGGAGCUUGGGUUAGGGGUCACCAGCUCCAUGCCCCGCAGGAAGCUCCGGCUGGCCAUCAAAGACUACAGGGACGCUGAAAACGGCAGGGGGCUGUCAAAGGCUGCAGACAUGGACCACCACUGGGUGGCCAAGGCCUGGCUGAUCGACGUGGGGCUUCCGCAGUACUCGCAGGCCUUCCACACACACCUGGUGGACGGGUGCAUGCUCAACUCUCUGACACAACGUGAUCUGGAGAGGUCCCUCGACGUCACCAAGAAGGCCCACCAGGUCAGCCUGCUGCUGGGCAUCGAGCUGCUGCACACGCUCAACUUUGACAAGGAGUCUUUGACUGAACACCAGGAGGGCCUACAUUUUGGGGAAAAUGCGCAGUACAGGCACAAGUGGGGUGCCCCCGAACCCCCCUGUAGCCAGAAACCACAACAACAGUCCUGGAAACUCGGGUUCCCAGUAUGCCUUGUGUGCCCUGGGGGUGGGACUGGUGGCCCUGGGCAUCGUCAUGAUUGUGUGGAGUGUGGUGCCCUCCGACACGGCCGGGAACAACAGCGGUGGCACCGGAGGAGGCAACCCCAAACCAGACAACAGGGGCAGGGCUUCGUCGGUGGCCUUUGUGCUGGUCGGGGCUGGGGUGGUCAUGCUCAUGCUGUCCCUGUGCCUGGGGAUGAGGAACAAGCAGCGGGAGCAGCGAGUGCUUCAAGAGGCCCAGACUCUGGGGGCAGACAACGUAGCUGCCAGCGAGGAGGACGGAGAGACGGCCGAGGAGCGAACCCAGAGGUACACCGUGCCCAGCUACGAGGAGGCAGUGGGCAGRGGCCAGUACCCCAUACGCCAGAGCCACCUGCGCCACAGCUCCUCCCAGCUUCCCUCCUACGAUGACUUGGUGGACGGUGUGCAGAUAGAGGUCGAAGGGUCAGAGGUCACCCAGAUGACAGCCACUUCCGCUAACCCUGCCUCCUCUGCUGCUGCGCCUA